ACGGUCCCACUAUUCGUUGUUCAACGUUCGUCGGAAGAAGUCGGCGCGUAAAAAGCAAAAACAAAGUUCCCCCAAUAAGACUAGACAACCUGCAGUGACAGACCAAACCAGACCCGGCUUUUUAAGCGUCAUUGAUAACUCUUAGCUGAAAGCCUACCAGGACUCAAGCCACGCCUCGAUUUUAAGCUCAAGUUGCGUGUGUGUGUGUGUGUUUUUCUGGCGCAUCCCCGCUGUCUUUGUGUGUGUAUCCCGACGUCGCUUUUCGGCUGCUGUCCUUGUUUUUGCGCGUGGGAGUUGCCAAACAAAAAAAAACGGCAAGGCGAAAAAUUCCAGCACAGAGCAAGGAUAAAUAUUUAAACAGAAGCUUAAGCCAAGAUGUCCGUCUCAUCGAACGCCUCGUCCGCAUCGCGGAACGACAGUGUGGACAGCCCCAGCACCACGACCAACACGGAUAGCUCCGAGCUGACGCACAUCCUCAAUCGGCGGCAGGAGAUUAUGGACUCGCAGGAGGCGGGCAUUGAGAUACCGCGCACCUUCAAGGUGGUCAAUGUGUACACCGAGUUCCAUGAGUUCUCCAGGAAGCAGAUCAAGGACUACCAGAAGACCUUCAAUACCUAUGAUACUGCACGCGAUGGCUUCUUGGAUCUGCAGGAGCUCAAGUUCAUGAUGGAGAAACUGGGCGCCCCACAGACCCAUCUCGGGCUGAAGAAGAUGAUUGCCGAGGUGGAUGAGGAUAAUGAUGGCAAGAUCUCGUUCAGAGAAUUCCUGCUGAUCUUCAGAAAGGCCCAGGCUGGUGAGCUGGACUCCGAAUCGGGUCUAAAUCAAUUGGCCCGCCUCACCGAGAUCGAUGUGGAGCAGGUGGGCGUCAGUGGGGCGAAGAGCUUCUUCGAGGCGAAGAUUGAGCAGCAGCUGAAGACGAAUAAGUUCCACGAUGAGAUCCGGGCGGAGCAGGAGGAGCGCAGGCGCGAGGAGGAGGAGCGGGUCCAACGACGUCAGCAGUUUCAGCAAAGGGCGGCGAUCUUUCAGUAGAUACGCAGAGCCAACCCUUAGUCUAGCGCUUAAUUUUGUGGCGUAGGUUAAAUCGAAAUGGAGACGCAGGCAGGCAUUUUUCAAAGCAUCAAACGCAUCACAUACAGUAGCAGAUAUAUACCCAUAAUCAUAAUCCACCCAUAUAUGCACUCAUGGGGAAGGAUCCCUUAGCUAGAAUAUAUUUUUGGGAAUUUAAAGUUUCCUUGUGGAGAAUUUUUGAUUUAUUUUUUGAAGGAACUAAAGCUUGUUUUUAUUAAAGGCCUGAAAAUUGUUGAAUUCAUGACUUUGGAUUCCCUUUUUAUUCACCUUUCUUUCCCUUAAGUCUCAGUCAAGGGAUCCUUGUUCUUCAUACACACAAACCUACGUAACAUAUAGAUAACGAGAUCAUACCAAAAGCGUAUAUAUAGUUAACCCUUAGUUAAGAGAAAGUGUUUUUAAUUUUAAGACAUAUAUAUUUUAUUAUGCUUUGGUGUUGCGCAAAUGUAAUCCUUUUGUUGUUUCGAAAUUUAUAAUAUUUUUAAUUUUGAUUUUUUGUACUUUGUAGUGUGCCAUUUUUUAUUUUCGUUCGUUUAUAAUUUUUAAUUUUUUGUUAAUAAAAAGAAGAGAAGUAAUUAGUUAAGUAAAUGAUUUAUGUGAAAUUCAAACCUACUUUGUACAUACAACAAAAAGUUAAAAAGUUAAUCUCUGUUUACUCUGUUGGAAUAUAUAUAUAUAUAAAUGUAUCUGUGGAAUAUUUAAGAACAAUUAAGUUUCAAUUUCAGUAUUUCACAUUUAAUUGUUUAGCAAUUAAAAGCAAUACUAAUUAAUAAUAUUAAUAAUUGCGUUAAAUACGAGAAUACACAAGAAAAAAUACACACGUACUUUUAGAGAACAAAACUUAUACUGCAAUUUAAUAAAUAAAUGUAUAUAAUACAAAACUGGAA